UCACUAUCAGUAUCGAAUAGAGUGUCUAGAGGUAUUAAUUAGACGUUGGAAGCCUCGCGAUGUGGCGUCUGGGUAUUUUCAUUUGGCUUUUCUCGCACCUUGUUUCAAUCCAGGGUUUCGGAUUUCGAGGGUUUCAUUAUGAGGGCCUCCGAGAGCCAGAGGUAAAAGGGGCGAGGAUGUUAAUGGAGGAGUGGAUUGAACAGCCUCUAGAUCAUUUCGAUGUGACCAAUAAUAGAUCAUGGAGAAUGAGGUACUAUGAGAAUAACCAAUUCUUCAACAAUACUGGGCCUAUUUUUAUUAUGUUGGGAGGAGAAUGGAAAAUUUAUCCAGGCUCCCUUCAGUCGGGAAUGUUAUUCGAGAAUGCGAAAGUUCAUGGAGCCAUGAUGUAUUAUACGGAACACCGGUAUUACGGGAAAAGUCACCCUGUUGUGGACACAAGCGUUGAAAAUCUGCUGUUCCUUAGCGUCGAUCAAGCUCUUGCAGAUAUUGCUUUUUUCGUGGAAACCGCGAAACAAAAAUUAAAUAUUUAUGAUUCUCCUGUAAUCGUAUUCGGUGGGUCUUACGCAGGGAAUAUGGCAGCUUGGGCGCGCAUCAAGUACCCGCACUUAAUCUCGGGGGCUGUGGCGAGCAGUGCACCUGUUCGUGCAAAAGCCGAUUUCUAUGAAUACUAUGAAGUAGUCAGAAAUUCUCUGAAUACUUAUAGUGAGAAAUGUCCAGCAAACACUAAAGAGGCUUUUUCAGCCGUUGAAAAACUCCUCACAGGAGAGACUGCAGAUCCGAAAAAAAUUAAAGAUGACUUUAACCUUUGUGACAUUCCAGAUAUUUCCAAUUCAAAAGAGCUCGCAUGGGUUAUCAGGUCUCUAGCUGCAAUAUUUGCCAGUGCUGUACAAUACAAUUCAGUGGAGAUGAACGGAAAAACUUCAAUUGCGAAAUUAUGCGAUUUGAUGAUGACACCUUCCGGGAAUGCCUCGUCUCCAUAUGACCGACUCGCAACCGCAUUCAGAAGCCAGUACCGUCGCCAAUGCGUGGAUUUGAAAUACAGCCAUUUCAUCAAUACCUAUCGCGAUACCUCUUGGGAGUCUGAAGCAGCUACGAGUGACAUGAGACAGUGGACUUAUCAGACCUGUACGGAGUAUGGCUACUAUCAAACAUCGAACUCUUCACAAUCCAUAUUUGGAACAAUGUUUCCGAUAGAUUAUGAUAUUGAAAUGUGCAAAGAUUUGUAUGGUGAAAACUAUAAUGGAGAUACCGUGAAGAAGAGUGUCAGGAGAACGAACAUUAUGUACGGUGCAGAUCUACCCGAUGUAGACCGGAUUAUAUUCACUAAUGGUGAUGUGGAUCCGUGGCACGCUCUAUCAGUACUUAAAGAUCUAAAUCCGCAAGCAUUAGCAAUUUUGAUUAAAGGCUCAUCACACUGCGCUGAUCUACAGUCUGAAAAAUCGACAGACGUAGAGGGCCUCAAGGAUGCAAGAUACCUUAUUGCAUCAAAAAUUUCCAAGUGGCUGAACGCCACUUACAUCGGCUAUUAAAUAUUACUGUCCUCAGAUUCAUUACUCGUAAUAUGAUUAUAAUAAUCUUUUCCCUUUGGGCGAAGAAGGUAAAAAUAAAAAAGUGCACAAAGUCA